AAAUGUUAUAUCUACAUACCUAAUGAUGGUGUUUUGAUUUUUUAUCAUGAAGGUAUUUUUUAGAUUGCAGCAACCUAUAUUCCUUGGUCUCCUGCUGCGGUUCUACAAUCCAAUACAACAACAAACAAGAAACAACACCACAUCACCAACCUACCUGUCCCGCGUGUUCACCUACUCGGACCCCGGGGGCGACAUCUCGUGGGGGGAGGGGGUGUUCUUCUCGUUCGGCGUGGUGUUCUGCAGCGCCGUCAACGUGGCCGUCCAACACCCCUUCAUGAUGGCCGUCAUGCACGUCGGCAUGAAGAUGAGGGUUGGGUUGUGCAGCCUUAUUUAUAGGAAGGUGAGGAUAUAA